AGCACUCGCAGAGUUAGUUUCCCGGAUGCAGUUUUGUCGCCAUAUUUAGUCGCCGGUAGGAUACGAGGAUUUUAGGCUGCUUUUACUCUGCGUCCGUCUUAACAAACACAAAGCGUCUUUUACCGUAGGAUUUCCGCCUCCUCCGGUCCCCGGCAACAUGGCAGACCGAGAGCACUUGGUUUACCAGGCUAAACUAGCAGAACAAGCCGAGAGAUACGAUGAAAUGGUGGAGUCCAUGAAGAGCGUUGCAGGAAAGGACACAGAGCUGACCGUAGAGGAGAGAAACCUGUUAUCGGUGGCGUAUAAGAACGUGAUCGGCGCUCGACGAGCCUCCUGGAGGAUCAUCAGCAGCAUCGAGCAGAAAGAGGAGAGCAAGGGAGGAGAGGGAAAGCUCAAGAUGAUCCGGGAAUACAGACAAGCGGUUGAGAAUGAGCUGAAAUCUGUUUGCAGUGACAUACUGGAUGUCCUGGACAAACACCUCAUUCCUGCAGCCAACACGGGAGAAUCCAAAGUCUUCUACUACAAAAUGAAGGGCGACUACCACAGGUACCUAGCAGAGUUUGCCACAGGUAAUGACAGGAAGGAAGCAGCGGAGAACAGUUUGGUGGCGUAUAAAGCUGCCAGUGACAUCGCCAUGAUUGAGCUCCCGCCCACACAUCCCAUCCGGCUCGGACUCGCUCUCAACUUCUCUGUCUUCUACUACGAGAUCCUGAACUCCCCCGACCGAGCCUGCAGGUUGGCGAAGGCGGCGUUUGACGAUGCGAUCGCGGAGCUGGACACGCUGAGUGAGGACAGUUACAAGGACUCGACGCUCAUCAUGCAGCUGUUGCGGGACAACCUGACGCUCUGGACCUCAGACACACAGGGAGACGGUGAAGAACAAAAUAAACCGGCGCUGCAAGAUGCUGAGGAGGAAAAGCAGUGAGAUGUGACCGCCAACACGCUAAACCCCCUCUCUCUCUCUCUCUCUCUCUCUCUCUCUCUCUCAUGGGUCAUAGAGAAGAGUUCAGAUAAUGAAUUUAUCACUUUGUCUGUUACUGUCUUUCCUCUCGCUCCUUGUUUCAUACCUUUGCUCUGACCAUCUACACUAGUUUGGAAUAAUGAAGACUUUUAAAUGUCUUCGAACGAAGUCUCUUCUGCUCACCAAGGCGGCGCUUAUUUGUUAAAAAUACAGUAACAACAGUGGAAUAUUACUACAGUUUAAAACAGCUGUAUUCUAUGUGAAUAUGUUGUAUAAUGUCAUGUAUUCCUGUGAUGCAGCGCUGUAUUUUCAGCAUCAUUCCUCCAGUCUUCAGUGUCACGAGAUCUUCAGAAAUCAGAAUAAUAUGAUGAUUUACUGCUCCGUUAUGAUUGAUGGGGAAUUAUUGGUGCUCAAGGGCACGCUAAAAUGAUCAAAAAUGAUCUUACAUAUAUUUAGAUUAUUUUUUAUAUAUAUAUAUAUAUAUAUAUAUAUAUAUAUAUAUAUAUAUAUAUAUAAUGCACUGAUUUCUGAAGAUAAUGUGACGCUGAAGACUGGAGUAAUGAUCCUGAAAUACAGAUUUGAUCACCGGAAUAAAUGACUUUUUUUAAGUGUAUUCAAAUAGAAAACAAUUUGUAAUAAUUCAUAUCACUGCACUUACUGAGCAGAAGAGACGUCGUCUUUCACAAACAAACACAAUUAUUCCAAACUCUUGACCGGUUGUGUAUAUUUUUAGGGGGUUUUAGGGUUUUAUUGAAUGUAUUUUUUUUGGAUCCUAAGUGUUUUUUAAUUAACGGUUCACUUCGAUGUUCUAUGAAUAUAAGAGACCAGAAUGGAGAGUUUCCUCUGGAAGGUUUGGUUUUGUUACCGGUUACAAAACCCUUGAGAAUCACACUUUUAUUACACAAGUUUCUUUCUCAGUGUUGUUCUGUCCGUCGUUGAGCUCAACGGUCGUUACUGGAGGCAUUUCUUUAGAUUUUCUCGAAGUUGAAACUCAAGCUGUUUAUUGUAAAUUCACCCUCACAAACGUUUCUUUAAAAGCGAAGUGUUUUUUGUUUUGUUGUUGGUCAGCAGGUUGUCUGUGUGUGUGUGUGUGUGUGAUGUGGUCUGUGACAACGGGUCAAUAACUAUAAUGCUUUGCAAGCUUUUAGGAAAUGAAUGCAACCCUCGCCUCCUCGUUAUUCAGAGGCUGCUGCUGCAGAAAUGUUGCUAUAGAGCCGUAAAUA